AAAUAGCGUGGAAACAAAGCAGGAAAUCCAUGACCUCUUAAAUACCUAAAAACAAAGAACCAUGUUCCACUUCAAGGUUUUUUGGAACUGGUUUUCGAGUGGUUUGUGAACAAAACAAACACACACACAUAAAAAAGCAUUAAAAAAAGGGUGGAAUUGUGUUACUCAAUAAGCGCCGUCUACCAAUCUCUUCUCCAUUUCACUUCGAAGCAGAGAAGAAAAUAGCUCAAAUAUCGAAAACCGUAAUAAUGGGAGGAGGUGGUGCUGGUGGUUCAGUGAAAGAUGUGCUGUCCAAGGGUGAACUCGAUGGGUUACGGCAGAGUGGCGCAACGCUUAUCCUUCACUUCUGGGCUUCAUGGUGUGAGGCUUCAAAACAGAUGGACCAAGUGUUUUCUCACCUCUCCACCGAUUUCCCCAACUCUCACUUCCUUAGGGUAGAAGCUGAAGAACAGCCUGAGAUAUCUGAGGAAUACUCGGUUUCUGCUGUGCCUUUUUUUGUCUUCUUCAAGGAUGGAAAGGUUGUCGAUAAAUUGGAGGGUGCAGAUCCUUCCAGUCUGGCCAACAAAGUUGCCAAGGUUGCUGGUUCAACUAACCCCGGAGAAGCUGCUGCUCCUGCUAGUCUUGGGAUGGCUGCUGGCCCCACCGUCCUCGAGAGUGUCCAAGAUUUGGCAAAGGCAAACGGUUCAUCCCAAACGGGAAAUCAAGUGCAAACUGGUCUCGAUGACAAAAUUAAGAAACGAUUGCAGCAAUUGAUUGACUCUCAUCCUGUAAUGCUAUUCAUUAAAGGAAACCCUGAAGAACCCAAGUGUGGUUUUAGCAGAAAAGUUGUUGAUAUUUUGAAGGAUGAAAAGGUGAAAUUCGGAACAUUUGAUAUUCUAUCAGACAAUGAAGUUCGGGAAGGUUUAAAGAAGUUCUCGAAGUGGCCAACUUUUCCUCAACUCUAUUGCAAAGGUGAACUUCUUGGUGGAUGUGAUAUAGCAAUUGCCAUGCAUGAAAGUGGUGAACUUAAAGAAGUUUUUAGAGAUCACGGAGUUGAUAUUAUCGGGACUGAACAAGGAACUGGUGGCAUCUUGGAACCGACCGGAUUGACCGCAAACCUAAAUUCUCGGCUUCAAAGCUUGAUUAAUUCAAGCCCGGUUAUGCUGUUUAUGAAGGGAAAGCCUGAUGAGCCCAAGUGUGGUUUUAGCCACAAGGUAGUUGAAAUCCUUAAACAAGAGAAAGUUGAUUUCGAGAGUUUCGACAUACUCUCAGACGAUGAAGUUCGUCAAGGACUGAAAGUUUAUUCAAAUUGGUCAAGUUACCCUCAAUUGUAUAUUAAAGGUGAACUUAUCGGUGGAUCAGACAUUGCGUUAGAGAUGCAGAAAAGUGGUGAACUCAAAAGGAUUUUAACCGAGAAAGGCAUUGUUAAGGAAGAGACACUAGAAGACCAUCUAAAAAGUUUGAUUUCAUCUUCACCGGUGAUGCUCUUUAUGAAGGGUACCCCCGAUAAUCCAAGAUGUGGCUUCAGCUCUAAAGUUGUCAACGCCCUAAAAGAGGAAGGCAUUGAUUUUGGGUCAUUCGAUAUUUUAACCAACGAUGAGGUUCGACAGGGAUUGAAAGUCUUCUCAAACUGGCCGACCUUUCCUCAGCUUUAUUACAAAGGUGAGCUUAUCGGAGGUUGUGAUAUCGUACUGGAACUGCGAAACAAUGGUGAACUGAAAGUGACACUGUCCGAGUAAAGGUGGAUUCAGUUUGUUUAAAAUAAAUGACUUUUGGGGCAAACCUUGAUUUCAUUUCCCGAUUUCUCAGUCAUGAGGUUGAAUGUAUGCCAAUUAACAGUACUUAAAAACUAGUUUUUUUUGUUUUGUUUUUCUUUUUUUUUUCUGGUUUUAAUUUGCUUUAAAACUCUUUUAUCUACUUGUGUUUUUCAAGUUGAUUAAAGUUCGUACUUUACUGUAUGUAUAUGCACAAUUUGCAUCUUUGAGCAGUGGGAAACCUUUGUCUAUGCCUUGUAUUUUGGCAUAUUUUUAGAAGAUAAAAA